CCAUAAUACGAUCCCGCCUAACAUUAGCUCUGCUGUUCCGGGAGGAGUGCGUGUGCGUGUGCUUGGGACAUGCCUUUGCAGAUGUGAACGCUGCCGCUUUCAGACUUUGCAAAUCGCUUUUGAGCACAGAACCACCGAACAAGUAUCUAAACAAUGGCCAUCCUGAAUCGUUUUACGACCGCAUAUUGGAAGAAUCUUCAAGGCGACCCGCGGAAGAAGCAGCUGUUGAUUUUACGCGCCUUACACAAGUCGGCAGCCAGCGAGGCUUCUGGGAUCUCUGCAGCUGGAGAAGAGGCCAUGCCUGACAAACUGAUCACACCGCAGGAUGUCGGAGAGAAAACCAGAAUCAUGACCCUGAAGGAGAUGCCUGGACCCAGCAUCAUCGGCAACUUGAUCGAGUUCAUCUGGAAAGACGGGUUUAGCAGAAUUCAUGAAAUUCAGAUGGAGCACAGGAAGAAGUAUGGCAAAAUCUUCAAAUCCCGUUUUGGGCCCCAGCUGGUGGUCUCAGUGGCCGACCGUGACUUGGUGGCUGAGGUGCUGAGGGCUGAGGGCGUGGCCCCUCAGAGAGCAAACAUGGAGUCCUGGAAGGAGUACAGAGACAUGAUGGGCAGUUCCACUGGCCUUAUCUCAGCUGAGGGAGAAGAUUGGCUGAAGAUGAGGAGCGUGCUCAGGCAGCUCAUCAUGCGUCCCCGUGAUGUAGCGGUCUUCUCUGAUGGCGUAAACGAAGUGGUCGAUGACCUCAUCAAGAGAGUUCGGAUUCUGCGCGCCCAGGAGCCUGACGGAGCAACUGUCGUCAAUGUGAAUGACCUCUUCUUCAAAUAUUCCAUGGAAGGUGUAGCAGCCAUUUUGUACGAGUCCCGAUUAGGCUGUUUGGAAAAUGAGAUUCCCCAGGAAACCCAAGACUACAUCGCCGCGCUGCACCUCAUGUUCAGCUCCUUCAAGACAACCAUGUAUGCCGGGGCCAUCCCCAAGUGGCUCCGACCCGUCAUCCCCAAACCAUGGGAGGAGUUCUGUCUCUCCUGGGAUGGCCUCUUCAGAUUCAGCCGGUUACACGUUGAUAAGAGGCUUGGCGAGAUCAAGGGACAGCUGGAGCGGGGAGAGGACGUGAAGGGGGGACUGCUCACACACUUGCUCAUUACCAAGGAGAUGACCAUGGAGGAGAUUUACGCCAAUUUAACGGAGAUGCUACUGGCUGGGGUCGACACGACAUCAUUCACCCUGUCCUGGGCCAGCUACCUGAUGGCACGGCACCCGCAUGUACAGCAGCAAAUAUUUGAGGAAGUGAGCUCAACUCUGGGACCAGGAGCAGUAGCCACGGCCGAUGAUGUCCAUCGUCUGCCUCUCGUCAGAGGGCUGGUCAAAGAGACACUCAGGCUUUUUCCAGUUCUCCCUGGAAAUGGACGGAUUACCCAGGAUGACUUGGUUGUGGGCGGAUACUUCAUCCCCAAAGGAACUCAGUUGGCCCUUUGUCACUACUCCACAUCUUUCGACGAAGAGAACUUUGCCGAUGCUUCAGACUUUCGACCGAAUCGCUGGAUAAGGAAAGAUUCCACGGAUCGGGUCGACAACUUUGGCUCAAUUCCCUUUGGCUACGGCAUCAGGAGCUGCAUUGGCAAGAGAGUAGCCGAGUUAGAGAUGCAUCUAGCUCUCACAAGGCUCAUUCAAAGGUUCCGCAUUUGCAUGUCUCCGCUCACCGCUGAUGUCAAGGCCAAAACCCACGGCCUGCUGUGCCCUGCUGCCCCCAUCCACCUGCAGUUCAUCGACCGGGAGAACUAGACUGACUACAUCUGUUCUACUGUACGUUUUUAUUUUCAAAGCACUGAUUCAUUAUUAGUUUUAUUUCAUUUCUUUUUUUAUUAUACUGCUUUUAGGACACCUUCUCUUGUUGGGUGACAUUGUGACACAUUGUCUUCGUAAAACCUCAGUCUCAGACACAACCUGUUGGUUAGUGAGGAGCACACAGAACCAGUACUGGACCAGUAAUUUAAAGAUAGAAGCUGUUUGAAGUAUAUUAUUUGUAUGUAGUGAAACAAACUGCAGUUUGGCCUGUUACUACUUCCAUGUAUUCUAUGCAAAAUAGUGAGUGGAAAAAUUAACUAUAAUCUUUAAACUCAAACUUUAUUUUGAUUAUAUUAAUGUGCAUAUGUGUAUGUAAUGUGUGCACACAAUUUAAAACCAUAAUCGCAUUGUUUCUUUCUGAAGUGCGAUAAUGUUGAAGAGUAUGAAUGUACUGAAAAGCAUCUCUUUUGAUAGUUACAGUAUGUAUAUAAUGAGCUUUAUUUUAAGAUAUUUGUAUUUUUAUUGAGAGGGAUAAUGUAUGUGUUACUGAACAGUUUUUGCAAGAGGGAAGAGGUGAGUUGUUGGAUCGUGCUAUUGGGAAGGAUCACACUAGUUUGAAGGGAAGAAAAUGGAUUUUGUAAUUAUUUACUAUUUUAUCUUUCUGUAUCCUUUUACACUGUAGUUCCAGUAAAACUGGGAAAUAAUAAACAUUGAACUAUUA